AUGGGGAUCAGAGCAGCCUUCAAAGAAGAUCUUCACGCACCACCGGCAGAAUUGGUGUAUGGAGAAGCAAUAAGACUACCUGGAGAAUUCCUUCAAGAGUUACAGGACACAACAGAGAAUUCAAAUGAUUUUAUACUCCGACUCAAGCAAACUAUGAAAAAACUACGACCACAACCGGUUAAGAAACACGGAACGCCAGCAAUCUUUGAGUACAAAGACUUAGAAAAAGCUUCACAUGUAUUCCUCAGGCAUGACGCACCAACACGGGCACUCCAACCAACAUAUAGCGGCCCGUAUGAAGUCCUCAACAAAACAGAAAAGGUCUAUAAGUUACGGAUCAACGAGAAAACCGUCCACGUAACAAAGGAUCGAUUAAAACCAGCAUACAUACUGACAGAGGAACCGGCCCAGGCAAAAGAGCAGACAAAACCUCAAAACGUUCCAACAGUUCUAGGGAAUCAAGAAACACCGACACCCACGAAAAUCAGAACAAGAAGUGGGAGAACUUCACGCAAAACGGUACGAUUCCAAGCAUCCUAA